ACCGUUUUCUGUCAACUGUUAUAUACUGAAUAGGACAAGGCUUUUUAGUAAACUUCCAGUAGAAACCUAGUAUUUUACUUAUUGCAAUCGUUUCGCAACACUGCUCCCAUUUAUUCCCACCGGCGCACGUCAAUAUAUUUUAUUUUUUGUAUGCUGAUUACGGGAGUUCAAAGAAAUCUGCUGAGAUCAUUUCUUCAGUUGCUGACGUUAAGCCGGAGCAUCAUCAUGGGUGAUAGUAGCUUUAAGCCAUCUUCUUGGCCCGUGGCUAGUCCUGCUUUUACGGCCACUGAUUUUACUCAGCGAAUGUUGGAGCAAUGCCGCCAAUUGGAGAAACCGAAAUUUACACUGGAUUUAAGCGAAUUCGAAGCUAUCUCGGAUUGUUUUUCUCCCAAGUUCGGUACGGAUACAUGCCGGGUGAAGACGCAGCCAGCGGAUCGCAGAAAGAUCAUCCGGGAUCAGAUAGCUUCUGCCUAUCCGGUGAUUCAUGAGAGGACCCUCAUUCUGUACAUUAAUUUUCUUGAGCACAAGCUAAAAUAUGGUAGCGAGCAGGAGAAGAGUAUCUACAAGGACAUGUCGCUGGUGGACUUCGUGCAGCGUCUGCUCACCAAGCGAUGCGUUUGGUUCUUUGGAGACAGCGACUUUUAUUGCACAAUGGAUGGUCAAACCGGUCACGAGGGUUUCGAAACGGUGGGCACUCCCGCCGAGCAGUAUCCCCUGCAGCUAGCCUCUGUCCUCAGCUAUGAUGAGAUCAAACUGGCUGCCCUGCUUUACGUUUCUAGCCACUCGGAGUUCAUCAACAAUGGACAUCGGGCCAAUGCCGGUGAGGUGACCCAGGACAAGAGCUUAAUCGAGCGCGAAGGUGUGAUUAUAGGACUCAUCGGAGCCCGUUUCGAGCGUCCCGGAGUUAUGGAGUACCAGGACAUUAUGAUAACACAGACACAGAACACGCUAGCAAAGGGAUAUGGAGGCGGCACUAACUACUCCGGUGACCCGGCGGCUGAUCUACGUCGAGUUUGGCGUGAGUUCUACGAGGAACCAACAGACUUCCUUUACCAAAAGUUUCCCUCGAACGAUGGUCGUUUCGAGAUGGUAUCUGGAGGCUACUUCGAUCAUCAGGUGAUGCGCAAACGGUUUGCCAUCACCUUCGAUACUCUGCUGCUGGAGGCACAGGCCCGAGCGGCCGCUGUGGGCAAACCCGCCUACAUCCAUGUGGUGGGCAUUGGUCUGGGUGUGUGGAAGGUGUCCGGCCAGCAGGAGCGCACCUUUUUCGAGGCCUUUGAGGAGCGUCUGUUGGCGCUUGGCGAGCAACUCAACCACAUCGGUGUGGUGCACUUCUCCUGGUUCCAUCUACCGCGAGUGGGAGGUCUUUACGAUGGCGCCCUGCUGCCCCUGAAGAAUCAUCCCCAGGGUGGCAUUCAAAUACGCAAUUCGGCUCGGAAUCCUGCCGAAAAACUUGAGGAGGACAUGCUGCCAGUGGUUACCUAUGCCUGGGAUGGCAAUGCUCUGCCUGGCAAUGAGUUCUGGGCGAAAAUGCUGGUAAGCACUGGAGAUCCGGCGGCCGCUUGCUCCACUCUCAUCUCGGAGCUGCAGAAUGCCCACAUCAAUGUGUAUUAUAUGACUGGUGCGAAUCUGCACAUAACAUCCUUGGCGCAUGGCUUGCUGCAUCUUGGCGACUAUGCCCGAAAGCUAAAGGCCUAAGGGAUUUGUCUUACAAACUUUAAAUAUUUACACAUAUCUUAUUUUUGGAUAGAUGCCAUCAACUAUUGAUGGUUUCCUUUACAAAAUCGUUUGUCCAUGUAUAAAUGCUAAUAAAGGGAGGGUUGAUAUUUUGGAAGUGAAAUGUAAA